AUGGGAAACUGUUUGAUGGGAGGAAACAACAUUGCAAGAGUGGCUCAAGAAGAAGAAGAAGUGAAGAAAGAUUACAACAGAAAGGAUCGCAAAGUGAAGAUUGUUCUUAGAAGAGAUGAGUUAGAGAAACUUAUUCUCUUCCAGUUAAACGCCGGCGGCGACGUUGACGGCAAAGGAGAAACCACUUUGGCUUCUUUCGGCGAUUUUCUCAAGGAAUUAGAGGCGGAGAGAUCUGCCGGAGAAGCGGCUGCAAAAGCGGCUGAGGAAGAAGAGGAGUCUCGCCGGAGAUGUAGAAAGUGGAGGCCGUCGUUGGACAGAAUCACUGAAUGGCCUGAAGAAACACUUUCGUAA